AUGAGCUCGCAGGCCGGAGGACAGCGCAAGCCCGGCAAGACUCAGAUGUGCUCCUUCUUCUUGAAGGGGCAUUGUCAAAACGGUGAGAACUGCCGGUUCGCGCACGGCCAGCGUGAGCUGGACGCCUCGAAUGGUUCGCGCUCCGUAGCACCGAGCGCCGCGAGAGCUCCGAGCCAGACUCGUCCAACCAGUGCUGCACAGCACAAGACGCAGAUGUGCUCCUUCUUCUUGAAGGGGCAUUGUCAAAACGGCGAGAACUGCCGGUUCGCGCACGGCCAGCGUGAGCUGGACGCCUCGAAUGGUUCGCGCUCCGUAGCACCGAGCGCCGCGAGAGCUCCGAGCCAGACUCGUCCAACCAGUGCUGCACAGCACAAGACGCAGAUGUGCUCCUUCUUCUUGAAGGGGCAUUGUCAAAACGGCGAGAACUGCCGGUUCGCGCACGGCCAGCAUGAGCUGGACGCCUCGAAUGGUGCGCGCACCGUAGCACCAAGCGCCGCGAGAGCUCCGAGCCAGACUCGUCCAACCAGUGCUGCACAGCACAAGACGCAGAUGUGCUCCUUCUUCUUGAAGGGGCAUUGUCAUAACGGCGAGAACUGCCGGUUCGCGCACGGCCAGCAUGAGCUGGACACCUCGAAUGGUGUGCGCACCGUAGCACCGAGCGCCGCGAGAGCUCCGAGCCACACCUCAAACGGUGCGCGAACCGUACCACCAGACGCUGCAGGUGUCACCCCACUGAUCCCACACCAGACAUCUGGAGCUCGCCCCAAAACCCGCAUGUGCCCCUUCUUCCAGAUGGGCCACUGCCAGAGCGGAAGGAACUGUAAAUUGGCUCAUGGUGUGCACGAAAUGGAUUCCUACCACCCAGAUGCCAUGGCUGCCACUCCCCGGAGUGCGGCCCAAGGCGCAAGCACCCCAAACACCCCAAGCACUGCCAGCGCCGCCAGCCGGCACAGUGACAACCAGGGUGGUCGGGCGGAGCAGCGACUGCCACCGGUGUGCCAGCACGGUGAGGAUUGCACUCGAGCAGACUGUUGGUUCCACCACCCGGAUGGCCGCAAGAUCGACCAGGAUGCGAUGGACGUCCGCGUGCGCGAAGCCAUGGCUGGGCUGCCCAAAGCGAAGCACACGCUGAACCGCCUUCGCGAGGCCCGCUUCGGACACCAGGCCCUCGAGAAAAAGGCCAAGGAGCGCGUGCUGCAGCUCCGGAUGGAAAGCUUGGAGGCCCUCACCCCACAGGCACGCCGCGACAAGGCUGCCGAGGCGGAGGUGGCCACGGCAAAGGUCGAUGAGUUGAGCGCGCAGCUCGCAUGCUUCGACGAGACCUGCAGCCAAUGCAUCCAUCGGCUCUUGGAGCUAUCUCGCAGUGCCGAGAGUUUGGGAGACAUCGAGGAGGACGGCAGCCAGGAAGCCCGGUCAUCGACCGGAAGCCAGGAUUCCGACGCUGAUCGGCUGGCUUCGAUCAACCUCCUGCACCAGGUGAAGCGCGAGGUCACCCGGCUGCAGGCCGCCCUCCCGGCGCUGGCGGCGCGCUCGGAGCUGCAGCAGAAGCUGCAGCGGAGCCGCAACCUUGUGGUGAAAGGCGACACGGGCAGUGGAAAGUCCACACAGCUGCCGCAAUACCUUGCCGAGCAAGCCAACGAGAACUCGCCGCGACUGGUUCGGCGAAUUCUCUGCACUCAGCCGCGCAAGGUGGCGGCCGUCUCGCUUGCCAAGCGGGUCGCGGAGGAGUGGGCGGCGGGCAAUGCUCAGUUCGCCACGGUGGGUGGUGCUGUUGGCUACCACGUGGGUGGCCGCUGCCAGCAGAAGAGGUGGACUCGUAUCGUCUACAUGACAGAGGAAGUGCUGCUUCAACAGCUGAUGCGGCAAGGUGAGGCGCUUCUGCAGGAUGUGCAUGCGAUCAUCCUCGACGAAGCGCAUGAGCGGACCAUCAGAUUGGACCUUCUGCUGGGUUGGCUUGUGCACCUCCAGCAAACCGCUCCCUUGAGCUUUCGCCUCGUGGUGACCAGUGCCACCCUGGACGUGAAUCUCUUCUCCAGGUACCUGCAAUCUUGCCCGGUUGUGGAGAUUGCGGGGCGCAUGUUCCCCGUGCAGGACGUGUUCGACCCCGCUCCCGACAGCGUGCCCGUCCAGACCUACCUCCAGCAGAAGGUUCUGGAGCUCCACAAGACGACGUCGGUCGCGGAAGGCGACAUCCUCGCCUUCCUCCCGGCGCAGCAGGAUGUGGAGAGCAGCAAGGAUGCCUUGGAAAAGAUGGUGCGGGACACGAAGUUUGCGAACUGUGAGGAUUCACAGGAGCAACUUUUUGACCCAGGUAUCAGAGGUGCUGCCCCAUCCAGGACUGGUGACGGCAGCUUUGCGACAAGCAGAGUGGCCACAGAUCCCAAGUGCCCGGAGCAAGACAAUACAAGUUUGCUGCAGCUGGAACCGAGACAGGCUUCCUCCAAGCAAUUUCAGAUCCAGCUAAACAGCCUGGCAGUCGAUGCAAUCAUUCCGUACAUGCCAGCUCUGGCUCUGGCGCUGUUAGGUGCGUCUACUCUGUUCCUGGCCUUCAAGUGUGUCGUGGACGCGGCCCCAGUCCCCUACACCAUGGCACUAGCUGUCUAUAUGAACUUCCAGGACAACUUCCUCUUUACGCUGGUCCUGGUCCACAGCUACGCCUUGGCGGAUCGUUUCCAUGCCAACCCCUGGGUCUCGGGUUGCCUGGUGGGCGGCCAUAAGAUGGGCACGGCUCUGGGCACCUUUGUGGUCUUCCUGUCCCUGAAGGCUUCGCCAGAGUUCUGGCGGGCAACCCGGGCCGUGUACUCCACUGGUGUGCUGCUGCAGAUCACUGCGGCCGGAGCCUUCGCAGUUCGUGCCUUCUUCGGAGACACUGGCGUGGCAGGGCUGGUGUUGGCGCGACCCCUCAUGGGACUGGGCGGCGGACUUCAGAUCAGCCUGGCCUUCACCCAAGCAGCACGCCUCGCUGGCAAAAAGCGGGCGCUGUACAACCUGCGGUUCUAUGUGGCCGGCUGCGUAGGCAUGGGUGCUGGGCCAUUACUUAGCUCGCUUGCUGCGACCUGUUCGCCGCCGAAGCCCUUUGGUCAGGAUGGCUUCGAAGGCAUGCUGGCCUUUGUGGCCCUUGCGCCCUGGAUGCAAGUGAGCCUGCUGCUGCGCCCGAUCCCUUCCCUGGAUCAUGUGGCCGAGUGCAAGGCUCCUCAAGAAGCCUCGCGCGCGCAGGUGCUGAUUGUGUGCCUGUGCCUGGCUAUGCUGGUUCUCAGGAACUUGUGCUUGUCCUCGCUGGAGGUUGGCGUAGCCCAGCUCGCACAGACACACUACAGGUUUGAUCAUCUGGCUGCCGGCCUGCUGUGUGCCGGCGUCGUGUUCGUCACCUUGCCUAUUCAACUGCUCUACGAGACAAGUGAGAGGUUCCGACUCUCCCUGGGCACCAUGCUGUGGAUGGGCUUGGCCGGCGGCUGCCUGCUGCUGUGCGAGAACUUCGCGGUGCUGUACUCUGCUGCCCUCGUGUUCUUCCCGAUGAUGGUCCUAAGCAGUGGCCUGGUCAUGGCGACGAUGCAGGAACAUGCGAUGCCGGACGGCUCACUGCUCGACCGGAACACACUGACACUGCUGGGCCUAGUCAUGGCGGAUUUCCUGGGGAGAGGCUUCGGGCCCAUCUCAGCCCGGCUCGCCAUCUCGCUCGGGGGGCAGCAUGUUUUUGCCCUCACACAAAUCACGUUCGUGUCUUUGAGCCUUCUGCUGCACCUAGCAAGUGGCUGCGCCAGUCGCUGGGUGAACGUGCGGGAAUGUUUGAUGGAGUCGACAAAAAGCGACUGCCCCGCGAAUGCCGAUUCAGAUGCCGAAUGA